UGUUGUGGGACACAGACGGAACAAUGUAAAGUGCAGUCUUGCUGCACCGAGGGGCCAACACGUAAACAACUUGUGAGCCUGACCUCUGGCGCAUCGGUGACGGACGAGCCUUAUUCGCCAUACAUCCACCAACGCUGGCAAGACGAGGCAUGGGGAGGAAGAAAAUACAGAUCUCCCGCAUCGGGGACGAGCGAAACAGACAGGUGACAUUCACGAAGAGAAAGUUCGGUCUGAUGAAGAAGGCCUACGAGCUGAGCGUGCUGUGCGACUGCGAGAUCGCGCUCAUCAUUUUCAACUCGACGAACAAGCUGUUCCAGUACGCCAGCACCGACAUGGACAAGAUCCUGCUCAAGUACACCGAGUACAGCGAACCACACGAGAGUCGGACUAACAGCGACAUCAUUGAGUUAUUAAAUAAGAAAGAGAACAAGGGAAACGAGAGCCCUCCGUCGGAGUCUGAGCAGCAGUACGUGCUCACACCACGCACCGAGGAGAAAUACAACAAGAUCAACGAGGAAUUCGACCUGAUGAUCAGGAAUAACAACGUCAGCAACGUCGACCGG